AUGAGAAACAUCUGGGUUUCUGUUCCCAACGGCCACGGACACGGACAAGGCGCAGCUGUCCCGGCCACGGAUAAUUCGUCGAUAUCUGCAGAUUCCUCCCCGCCGUGUACCAAACGGAUGCGGCGUUAUAUAGCUCCAACCAGCGUAGACCUGCAACGCUGCCGAAAGGAAGAGCCGAUUCCGAUGCCGAUGCCAGCGCCGUCACCUUCGACUAUGCUUUCAGCUAAACAGUGGCCCCAACACAUGCUUCAGGGCCGCGUGCAUGUGGCAGCGACCUGUGGGCAACCCACAGUGACCGUUGGCUCCAAGUUAAUUCCGCCAUUUUCCACAGCGACCGUAAGAGUUGGCGGGCCGACUUUCAGAGCUGGUGUUACUGUUAGUGCGCCUCUGCAGCCUGUCCCUUUUCAAGGGCAUCAAAGCCAGGAGCCGCGAGGGAAACAUUUGUGCGUGCGGAUGUAUCUCCCACAGUCGGAUCCUCCUCUGCAGUCGUGGUGUGACGUGCACCCAAACCCAUUAAUAGGACUUCCAGGCCGAGUGACUAACGCACCCCCGAUGGAGCGUGAGCCACCCAAAUACUUCUGCGACCCGUGCCAGAAAGGGUACAACACACAAGAGCAGUAUGACCGUCACAUGAAGACUCACAUUUGGUGCUCAUUUCCCGGCUGCAAGUUCACCUGCCUGCGAAGCCGCGAGUGGAAGAUGGAAGCGCACAUUGAGACUCUCCACAAUAGGCCCGACGCGCCUAAUCUCAGUGAUGUGGGGGCCUACCUGGCGCAGCGCAGGGGCCGUUUUCCCACCCAGGAUUCCGUCAAGGCUAAAAUGGAGGAGCUCUUCUAUAAGGCUUCAAGGGGAGUUGUGCUCCCGGAUGAUCGUAGACGGUGGCUUCGUCAACAUGGUAUUUUGGUGGGGAAGCGCCCGCGAACAGGGGAGAGUUACAUUGUAACUAGUGCGUCACGAAAUGCAAAGAAAGUGGUUUGCUCCGAGUCAGAAGAUGUAAAGGCCAAUGAGGGACGUGCCGACACAUCUGAUGCACCGGAAACUCAACGGGUAUGUGAAGAGGGAUGUAGUGGUGCCAGUGACAGUUCUCAGUGCGACGGUAACCGUCUGCGUAAUAAGGAGGAUCCAUCCGUUUCCGUUGGUCGAGGCGGUGAAUGUGAGUCCGCCGACUGCACCGGGAGUGCGAUUGAGCACCGUCAGCACAAACAGAAGGAUCACAGUCGGCCAAGGAGGAUUAUACCCUGUGGUCCUAAUGGUUCCCUUUCGAACGCUCAAAAGGUUCAACUUAUACGCGAGCGUUACCGCGAGGCAAAAACUGUGCCACGGUUUUACGUAUGUAGUUGCUGUGGCGAGAAGGGGCAGCAUUGGGUAACUGACUGCCCAAAAAGGAGUGAUCAAGUGUUUGAGCGGCGUAUCGUAUGGGGUGAGGAGCGACGGGACCCUCCGAAACCGAAACUCCGUGAUGACAAUAUCGUACCAGCAAUGACAUCAUGCAGUGAAGGGAAUGCUGUUGUUGAUGAGACCGCUGCCGGACCGAGUAGCGGUGAUGUUGGGGUUACCAGCGAUGUGGCUGAGCCUUGGGUUGAGGAUGUGGGCCCUCCGCCUGAGCUGCCGGCUAGAAGGGCAUGUAACGAAGAGGACAGCCGCGUGCCCAACAACGCCGCGGAGGGAAGAGGAGGUGCAACUCACAAGUGUGGCGUCAAAGAGGAGAGAAGGCAACGGGCGCAGCGCCGUGAUCAUCGACGUGUCCCGCCUCCGCCACCCACAUUGUUUGAGCGGCUUACGGAGGAUCGGAACUCGGUGGAACACGGGCUUCUUCUGCAGGCGAUACGUUUUUUUGUGAAGAGUAAUUUCUUUGAGCCUCGUUAA